UUUUUUGCAAGCAAUUCAGUUCAUCCAACUUCUUCUCCACCGGUAACACUACUCUUCAAAUCUGAGCCCUGUUUCUGUCGUGUUGCCCGAGCCAAAUUCGUCCCCUGUGAUAAUGGCUUGGGCUCGACCACAUCUACAUUCUCUUCUACUACUUUUCCUCGUCUUCUUCUACUCUUGUGCUGCAAAUCCCACGGCACGAGCACCGUUAAGUUCUACAGUACUCUAUGAUUCCGAUCACCGGCCCUACUCUGCCAAUGCCAGCACCGUUCUCGUCGGACCCGCUGGUCCGGCGAUGAUACUGCCGCUCUUCCACCACAUUACCAAAAAAUCACAAUCAGCUUCUUCUUCUUCUGGCACGUUGUCAAAUGCUAAGCACCGCAAGAAUCUUCGGAAAUCAUCAAUUCCUCACUCCCUUCCUCAUGCACGUAUGGGACUCUACGACGAUCUCCUCCUUGAUGGGUAUUAUACCACUCAACUUUGGAUUGGAACGCCACCCCAGAAAUUCUCCUUGAUUGUUGACACAGGUAGCACCGUCACCUACGUCCCCUGCUCCACUUGUGAGCAAUGUGGCAACCACGAGGAUCCAAAGUUUGCGCCGGAACUGUCGCUAACUUACGAGCCCAUGAAGUGCACCAUGGAAUGCAACUGCGACGUCGAGAACGUGUUCUGCACCUACGAGCGGCAGUACGCUGAGAUGAGCACCAGCAGCGGCGUCCUCGGCGGCGACCUCUUCUCCUUCGGCAACGACAGCGGCCUCGACCCCCAGCGAGCCGUCUUCGGCUGCGAGAACGUCGAGACCGGCGACCUCUACACCCAGCACGCCGACGGGAUCAUGGGCCUGGGCCGAGGCGACCUGAGCGUCGUGGACCAGCUGGUCGACAAGGGCGUCAUCAACGAUUCCUUCGCCCUCUGCUACGGCGGGAUGGAGGUUGGAGGCGGCGCCAUGGUCCUCGGCUCCGUAUCUCCGCCUCCUGACAUGGUGUUCACCGGCUCCGACCCUCUGCGGAGUCCAUACUACAAUGUUGAUUUGAAGGAGAUCCAUGUCGCCGGCAAGAAGCUGCAGCUGGAUCCCAAGAUAUUCAACGGCAAAUAUGGAACCGUCUUGGACAGCGGCACCACGUACGCUUACCUUCCGGAGCAAGCAUUUUCUGUGUUUAAGGAUGCUAUUAUGAAGGAACUUCAUUCCUUGAAGCGAAUUCAUGGCCCCGAUCCUAAUUAUAACGAUAUUUGUUUUGCUGGAGCAAGCAGUAAUGUCUCGGAGUUGUCGCGUACUUUCCCAAAGGUCGAGCUGGCGUUUGAAAAGGGACAGAAGAUAUUGUUGUCGCCCGAAAACUACUUGUUUCGGCACUCAAAAGUGAAUGGUGCUUACUGCCUUGGGGUGUUCCAAAAUGGAAAGGAUCCAACAACACUACUUGGAGGUAUCAUUGCUCGAAAUACUCUUGUUGUAUAUGACCGUGAGAAUGCAAAAGUGGGAUUUUGGAAGACCAACUGCUCGGAGUUAUGGGAAAGACUUCAAUUAGCUACUUCUUCUCCAGCUCCUUCGCCACAACCUUCACAUCAAAACAACCAUACCGAAGAAGCUUCAUCUGUUUUGGCUCCGAGUCCAAGUGAUCUACCGCACUAUGCUCUUCGAGGAGGGAUCUACAUUGGCCGUAUCGAGUUUGAAAUGUCAUUCAGUGUCAACUACCAUGAUCUGAAGAAAAAUCUCCACAACUUAACAGAACACAUUGCUCAAGAGUUAAAAAUCAACGUUUCGCAGGUCCACGUGGAGAGCCUUUCGCCAGAAGGGAACGAUUCACUCGUAGGCCUGUCCAUAGUUCCUUUGGAAUCUACUCAAUACAUCUCCAAUGGCACUGCUCUGAGUAUAAUUGCUCGAGUGGUGAAGCACCAUAUGAAUCUUCCUGAUAGCUUUGGGACUUAUAAGUUGGUCCAAUGGAAAGUUCAGCCACCACCACAACAGACGUGGUGGGAGACGCACUAUCUAGUGAUUCUCAUAGCUGCAAUAAGCACACUCAUCGUUGGAUUGUUCGGCAUAGGAUUAUGGUUAGUUUUGCGGCGUAGGCAAAAUGCAUUGACGACAUACAAAUCUGUCGAUGAGGAUGAUGAUGCUCCUGAGCAGGAAUUGCAACCUUUACAAUGAAAACACACCAAUAUUUUUGAACAUCAAUGGUUAUGGAUUGGUAAUUUGACUCCAGCGUCCAUUUGAUGAUUUUUCAUAUAAAGAGUUCAUUUUGAGGUAGAAGGAGGUGGAAAAAAAAACCUAGCAAAUGUGCCAAAUGAGAAGAUUUUAUAUUUCAACAAUGAAGAGU